GCUGAGGGGAGAUUGGAGUUGGACCAUAGUGGUUGCCGUGUCAAUUUUAUCUAAUUUUCCAGUUUCAGUUGAUAGCUAUCGGAAUAGGUAUCGGAGUCCCGUGAAGUGGAGAUGGGAAAAUCUACUGCGUUCAAGGAAACUUACUCGUUUGAGGAGCGAUGCCAGGAAUCACGGGACAUCAUCGCCAGAUACCCCGAUCGUCUCCCUGUGGUAGUGGAAAGAUAUACAAAAACCGACCUUCCUGAGAUGGAAAAGAAGAAAUAUUUGGUACCCCGGGACAUGUCAAUUGGGCAAUUUAUUCACAUACUUAGCGGCAGGCUCCAUUUGACUCCUGGAAAGGCUCUAUUCGUAUUCGUGCACAACACAUUACCUCAGACAUCCAGCCUGAUAGAGUCGGUUUAUGAAUCAUUUAAGGAUGAGGAUGGUUUCUUAUACAUGUGCUACAGCAGUGAGAAGACAUUUGGCAACAGCACUUCAAUCUAAUUAUAUAAGUUGUAUAUUAUUUUACUGGAAUGUGUGAAAUGUGAAUUGUUAAAAAGCCUAGUUUCCCUUGUAUAUUUAUUGCAAGUAUUGUUUGUGGUUAUCAUGGUAGCAAGUCGUUGGCAAAAGAAAAAUAAAAACGGUGUUGUGUGUCUUUAACAUUGCUUUGGGCUUUCUCCAUCUCCAAGCAAGCAACAAGGCGUUUGUGUGUGUUUGUAGGUAUAAAAGUUUAAUAAAAUCGGUUGACAAUUUGAGUA